AUGGUAGCGCUGGCACCGCAGAAGUCUUUCCCAUUUCACCGCCUGCCUCGACAGCUGCAGCUGCAGAUCUUAGCAGACAGUUCCCUCGUACAAGAGGCCUCCAUAUCUAUACAUUCCGCACAGGUUGUAGCAACGCUAGCUGGGGGCUCCAUACUUUGCCCAACAGACCUAGCUACCGAUAUCUUUUUCUCAUAUAACGCCUUUAGCAUCCAUACCUGGAACGCCAACUUCGUCUCGCAGGACAAUAUCAAUCUAGCAGGGAUGCAUACCUUUCUGGACAGACUUUCAUCGCACGCCCUUGGCCGGAUGCGCCGACUCACUCUUCUGCUUCCUCCUAUUAUCGAUCUAUCUCUUGUCGACGGAUUACUUGAUUGGCGGUUAUGGCAGGCGAGUAUCCAGGUCCUCGCUAGCAAGGCGACGCUACCUAUACACAGCCUGACUGUGGAGAUUGGCAGCUACUGGAGCGAGAAUGAAGGCUUUGAUACAAGGGCGCACUCUACGCCGCGCAUACUGCAAGCCUACGAAGAAGAGGUGGUUCGUCCUCUUCUUCAGCUACGGGGACUGAAGAGGCUAUUUCUCUAUGUCCCCUGCCCGUUUGGCAGGGACAAUGAAGAGGCACGCCUGCAAGUAGAACCUAGGUUAGAGCAAAUGGUCAUGGGUGUCGACUAUGACGCCUAUCGCGUGGGGAAGCCGUAUCCGGACGGGUAUACCCGGCCCUUUCUUCGCGACGAGGACGCAUAA